AGUAGAGUAUAAUCGCCAUUUAUUCGUAUAGCUGAAAGGUUGACUGCUUAAAAAUACGUUUAGUGUUUUGAAAGAAUAUACACGUCUACACGUCAUAGAGAAAUUGAAAUUUUCUAACUUUCAUUUGUAAAUUCAAUAUCUCUACAAUGGAGGACAAAGGUGUAGUACCAUCAUCAGCAUCAGUAUGCUCAAAUUGUUCCGGAUCGUUAAACUUUGAUCUUCAAGUCAUACAAAGACAUUUGGAUUGCAUCAUAAAUAGAAUGGAUGAUGACAGAUUGUAUCAUAAGGAGAAUUUGGAUGCAGCUGUAGCAGAAAUUCGAAAAGAAAUGUCCCAGCGGCUUAAGCCAAGAAUAAUUUUUGGAAGAAAGCGUUACAAGAAAACCAAUAAAAAUUCACCAACAUCUGGCAAUAAUCAGACUUCACCAACAUCUGGCAACAAUCAGACUUCACAAACAGCUGCAAAUUCUAGAAAUUCUUUGGCAGCUGCCAAUAAUGCAAAGGAUGCUACAAAAUCAGAAAAUUCAAGAAAUGCUCCCCAGAAAUCUAUAAAAGCAAAAAAAGUUAAAUUCUUAUGCGAUCGUCCCAUAGUCAACGCCGAUAACCAAGAAAAUCGAAAUGCAAUUGCCGCAUCAGCUGCUGGUGCUGCCAAUAGAACCAUCGAAAAUGAGAACAAAGGACAAAAUGAUUUAAAAGCCAAAUCUAAUGGUUUAUCAGAUUCACCUAAAGAUAACACAGAGACAAGCUUGGCCAUACCGCAGGAAGAACAAAUCAAAAAUACAUUAAAUACUUUGAAUACCAAUAACUUUGAUACGGCAUUGAUGACGAUAGACAAAUUGCUUGAGGAUUCUCCACAUCUAUCAGAAAAAUUGCCAAUGUGGAGUUUCGAAAUUGCCAUCAAUAGGCCCAAAGAGAUGACCGCAGUUUAUUUGAAAUUUCUUAAAGAUUUAUUGCAAGCCAAGUACCAAAGAGCAUUAACUGUGACAUUGACUAAACAAUUGCGAGAGGAAUUCGAAACGCAUGUUAAAAACCCCCAUGUCAUUGAGGACAAGAUGAAACCACUUAUUGAAGAAUUAAAUGCUUGUACUGAUGUCGUAGAACAUUCCAAAUUGCAGACAAAAUAUGAAGAUCAGUUAUAUCUCCUUCACCAACGAGGUCUUGCUGUCGUAAGGUUUUUGGGUGAAAUGUACAAACUGCAAUUGUUGACGCGGGAUCGUGUUUUUUACUGCAUCGAAUCUCUCUUAGAGGUUUGCAGCAAUGAAAAAUUGGAGUAUAUGUGUGAACUAUUGACAUGCGUUGGUUAUUUGCUGGACAACGAAUCGAUGACGAAACCCACCUCUGGUCGCAUAGAAAAAGUAUUCGAUAGGAUUAAAGAAAUAUUGCAGGCUAGAGGAUCUAAUGAGGAAAAUAUACACAACAUAUCCAGUCCUACGUACUUUAUGUUGCAAGCCAUUGUUGAUAUGAGACAACGUGCUUGGGAUCAAACUACGGCUUCGAGUGGUGCCCAAAAUAAUGCUUCCACUUCAGGCCUAAGUAGCAACAACAAUCAAGCACAGCAACAAUAUCGAAAUGGCGGUAAAGGAUUUUCAAAAAAUCGACGCCGUCACCAAAAUUGGAUAUAAAUAAUAUGUGAAUUGGAUUGCCAAAUUUAAAUAUAACCUUAUAAGCUUCUACUAUCCCUUCUACUGUACAAUAACUACAAACACAAAUAAAACACAAAGUUGAAGUUAAAAAUUUAUUAAAAACUUUCAGCGAA